AUGGCGGCCGUACAAGAACGCUCGCAACAGCGCUCGGCAUCUGGCCCCUCCCAGACCCAGACGGAGACACAGAGCCGGACGGGCACGCACGCGAUCCUCCGUCUAAGAGGCGCGCAUGCGCCAUCGCGGCAGUCGGUACGCUGGGCCGAGGACGUGGUGGACAACGAGGGUCUUGGUCGCAAGAGCUCAAAAGUCUGCUGCAUCUACCACCGCCCAAAGGGAGUUGACGAAUCGAGCGACGAGUCCUCGUCUGACUCAUCCUCCGACUCGUCAGACUCGGAAGCAGACGACGGCGGGAAACGGAGAAUCCCCUCGGGCGACCACAAGGGCAAGGGGAAGGGCGGGAAGCGGAGCCACGACCACGAUUGCGGCGACCAUGAUCACGACGGCCACAGGCACGGCAGGAAGGACAGCCGCGGCGGUAAGGAGAAGAAGACGAGGCGGCCUAGCCCGAACGCGUACGAGAGAGUGCCGAAGCCGUUCAAACCCAAGGAUGAGGCGGGCGAAGGCAGCAAGGGCCCCGAUACCAAAGCUUGA